AUGUUGGACACAUCCGGAGAUUCUCCGGAUGGAUUCGUUCGACUGGUCCUCAGAAAACUUGUCAGCGGAACCAUUCAGGAUCAGGAUCCUAUUUUCAACAACGGAAAACGUUUUGAAACCUUGUAUGCAAUUCGGUUGAUCACCCGCCACUCUUUGUCCGAACCGUCCACCUCAGAAGCUUCUGAAUGUAUAAAAAACCGCCAAGUUGCUUCAGCGUGUCUUGAUCAAGAGGUGGCGUUCGUGGACCCUCUCUCUAUCUCUCUCUCUAUUCUGUUUGUGAAUACUUUCUCCACUAUACAAGAAUGUAUUUCGGAGCGAGUCCCCGGUGCGGAGGUUGAUUCAUACUCUAAUAUAGAAGCCAGCGAUGUUAAGUUGAGAUCCAAUCAGAAAACACGUAUACGCAGCCACAUGACCACAAACAAGAUUGUCUCCUCAGCUGAUCCUGGCAUGGACGAAAACAACCGUCGGUAUGGACAUCAGGUACUGGAGCUUCUUCAAGUCAAAUUUAAUGGGGCAAACUCCUCGCCAACGGACAGUGAAUUGGCCAAGACCAGAAAAAUAAGCCAAACGUUGUUGCAUGUUCGAACUCUAAUUAAAAAUGACUAUGUCACAACCGCAGCUGGCUUUUGUUCCCAAGCUGAGAUAUUUUUCAAAUUUCCCCCGACGACUUGUUUCUCGUGUUCCGGGGCGUCCGGUAGUCCCAUACGAAGCGAAAAUGACCAAAAUUGUGUUAUGCGUGUAUUUGAGGAAUUGACGUACUGUAACAGCUGUUCAGCCAUUCAUCUCUCGCAGACAAGUUGGACAGAAGAAAAAAACAAGAUAUGCGACUUGCGACAUGUCAGAAUAUUUCGUAUUCAAUACCGUCCACUCACAACGGACAAGACGAAAACCAGUGGGUUUACGUGA